CGAACUUUUCGUCAUUCUUCGUGUUCAGUCGUGUAAUUUUAGCGUUGGUAUAGCACGUAUUUUUGGCGUUGGCAUUUCAUAGUUGAACAGGAAAAUUGUUUUUAGUAUUUUACUUCACUAAGCACACAAAAAAGAAACAUAAUGGGUGUACCAGCUGGUAACUCUGAAAAUGGAAAGAAAAUCUUUGUCCAAAGAUGUGCCCAAUGCCACACCGUUGAGGCUGGUGGUAAACACAAAGUAGGGCCCAACCUUCAUGGAUUCUACGGACGCAAAACUGGCCAAGCUCCAGGAUUCUCAUACUCAGAUGCCAACAAGGCUAAAGGCAUUACCUGGAGCGACGACACUCUCUUUGAAUACUUGGAAAACCCCAAGAAAUACAUCCCUGGAACUAAGAUGGUCUUCGCUGGUUUAAAGAAAGCCAACGAGCGCGCAGAUCUAAUUGCUUAUCUCAAGGAUGCAACAAAGUAACUCUAACCAACUUAGGAUAAAUCGUGGAACUGGAAGAAUAACACUUCUCGUUUCUUAGCCCAAUCAGUAUCAUUAUUUAUGUAUUUAUUGUACAUUCAUUCAUCUAACAAUAGGUUUCAAUCUGUCAUUGUAAUUGGGACAUGUGUGCGUACAAGUUAUAAUGUAUGACAAAAAUGUAGUAUAACAGAUGUGAAUGUUUUUGAUGUUAUUAAAUUAUUAAUAGAUGUCAUAAUUAGUAUUUUAUUUGUGAAAAUAUGUCCUCGCAUUAUGGAUUUCUGUCUAAUAGUUUCAUAAUUUGUUACCAAUUAUUAGUUUAUAUUUAAAUUGUGAUUAAUAAACAAUUUUAAGUUC